CUCCCAGAUAGAGCUGGAGAAGAGCCGCUAUUCGGACCACGAGCUCCGCAAGCAGGAGGAGGAAGAGCAGCUCCGCAGGAGGAAGGAGAGCGGGUACGACGAUGACGAAGGACCUGGCAAAACCGUCAUCAUGGCUCAGGACCUGGAGGAGAAGUGGGAGCAGAAGUUGCAGCGCUUCAGAGCGGCCUCACGGAUAACAGAUGCUGAUAAAAACAACAUUCGAACGUCAUUGGAGAGAAAGCUGGACAGGAACCUGAUGCUUCUGGUGAAACAGAAAAUUGGUAACCAGGAGCUGUGGCUCCUGCCUCAAGCAGAAUGGCAGCCCGGAGAGACGCUGCGAAGCACAGCGGAACGUGCCAUGGCUGCUGCCUUGGGAGAUCGUAUCCAGGCCAAGUUCCUGGGGAAUGCACCGUAUGGGCAUUACAAGUACAAAUUCCCCAGGGCCAUCAGGACUGAGGAUAAUGUGGGAGCCAAAGUCUUCUUCUUCAAAGCCUUCCUCCAGAGCAAUGACUUGUCCCAGGCAGAACUGAAAGAAGAUUUCCUGUGGGUUACAAAGGAUGAGCUGGGAGGUUACUUGAAGUCAGAAUACUUGAAGAAAGUCAAUCGAUUCCUUCUGGACUUGUAAGUGCUAGGCUGUGCUCCAGCAGAUGGGGAAGAUGUAGAACAUGACUCUGGGGAGGAACACAGCUGCUGCUUCCCAUGCUCUGUGUGUAUGAGAUAUUGAAUUGGGCUCUGGAGGAUAAUCUGCCUUUGCCUUAUUUCCCAGUUCUCUUCCCCAGGCCUGUACUAAAUAAAUAUUAAAAUUUAUACUCCUAAGUGAA